UCACUCUGUGGGUUUUUCGUUUUGUACAUUCUAUUUGGGUCCAUUUGGGUUAAUCGGUGUAGCAUGAAAAUGAAACAAGGAUAUCGUUAAAUGAAAAAAUGAGCACACAUCAAUUUUUGACUGCUAAGUCAACAGGAUUGAUAGAACGAGACAUCAAUGGUGAUGUCUUAUGGACCUGGAGUUAUCCAUCAGUUAGUGAUGUGGACCGAGUAUUUUUUACUCAGAAGUGUAGACUUGGAACCCCAGAAAAUCUGGUCCCGUUUCUAUUCAGCCAGAGAGAUCGAAGUUGGUACUACAUACUUUCUGGUGAAGUGGAGGACACAGAUCAUCUACCCAAGGUCACCCAUGUUUCGAUAGUUCUCGUUACCAAAGAUUUUAAUCCUGAAAAAUAUGAGAUUUUGUGCAGAAUACUCUUGAGGAAAUAUCGUAAGUCUGGCAAUCCUGCUUCUCUUCUGGAGAGUUACCUCAGCGUCCUCACUAGGGGGAGCUGCUCGACAGAGGAAAAUGGACGGUUUUCAGUACAGGACUACGACGUCAAACGCUCCUAUGCAAACACCAAACUUAAAGAUUUUAUUUUGACCUAUGGAAUGGAAUCCAUUAUUGUCUAUACUGCCUUGCUUCUGAAAAAGAGGGUAAUUGUCUACUGUCCAGAGAACCAGCUCCCACAACUGAUGUCCAUUGUCAGGUCCCUUCCAGCCUUAGUUUGGCAUCGACAGAACUGGGACAUUGCCUUCCCUGUAGUGGAGAUUGAGGACUCAGAGGUGGAUGUCCUCAAAGAGACUACUAGUUAUGUGGCAGGAGUUACAGAUGCCUCGGUGGAAGGGAGGACAGACUUGUAUGAUGUUUUUGUUAACACAUCAACAGGACAGAUAUCCAUUGCACCGGAUGCUAAAGAAUCGUUUGCUAUGGGCAAGCUCCACAAGGACAUUGCCAAACACAUGGUGCAAUGUGCUGAGGUUGAUGAAGCCACAGAGGAACAAAUUAUCAAGGAAAUAUCUAAGAAAACGACGGAACUUUUAAACAACCUGAGAAGCCUGGCCACGGAGACGGAAGACGGAAGUCAUGUGAUCCAGCUAGAGACGCUGAAGGAGCGCAAGAUGGCAGCAGCUACAGAGAGCUUCCUGUUCUCACUGGCCGCGUGUGAAGGGCUGGUAGAAGUGUGAGCGAUCAAGGGGAGGGGGGUUAGCCACAAGUAGCCACCAUUGUCAACGGUAUUGAGGUCCACGUUUGUUUGAACUCACUUGAAAACCAAGUUUCUUCCUUCAGAAAAUAAACACCACAUUGUACAUUGUAUAAUGAUGUGCAUACAUAUUGUAAUAGUGCAAAUACAUUGUAUGUAUUGAAAGAUUAAGAAUAAUUCUUGAUCAGUCAUUAAUCAAAUGGAGAGAUUUUAUAAAGCUACACAUACAUAUA